AUGCACUUUAUGGUCAUCCUCCAGCUUGUCUUAUUGUCUUCAGGUUUGACUGACAUAGAUACUGUAAUUUGUUUCAGAGAGCUCUCAGAACUGGCUAAACAUUUGGUCCUCCGACUGUUAUUUCUCGAACAAACAAUUCCAAAAGCAAUAGUUUCUGGCUGGGUAGCAAAGGGAUCGCAAGAAGUGUUUCAGCAAGCAUGCAAAGAUCUCAGCGACCUCCGAAUUUGGCACAGCAUUGAUAGCAACACAUCCCGAGGAUCAUGGCGCCUAAAUAAGAAAUUUCAAGAUUCUAUGAGAGUUUCUCUUUUUGGCGGGGGUCAGCGGUUACUAAGUGACUUGGGGUCAGAAACGGCUGAAAAACAUCCAAAGGAUGUCGAAUUUUUAGAUAAUUAUGCAACAGAACGCUGGGAUUCAAUCCUCCAUUUUAUGGUAGGUUCAGAUUCCGGUGAGGUGGGAAUCUGUAUAAGGAGAGUUCUGUUGCUUUCUGGUCUGAUGAAAAGAGGAGGGUCGGAUUCAUCCAUUGGAAUAACACAACGCGGCUUUCAGUUUCUGCUGAUGGAUAAGCCUUCCCAAGUUUUACGCUUCAUUUUGCAUUAUUUUAAUUACCUCAGAGAAGAAGGCCUAAAUCUAGUCGAAGCGUUGCAGUUUAUUUUCCAGUUGAGUUUCCUAUCGAUCGGAAAGAGCUAUCCCACAGAGGUGCUGUCAGAAACCCAACAAAAUCUUCUUCAACACAUGAGAGAACUUGGUUUAGCUUAUCAACGCAAACGCACGGCACCCAGGUUCUACGUCACUCGACUAGCACUCAGUCUUUCUUUCGGUUCUUCGAGCAACGGCAGAACCCAAAAAUCUCUUGGUAAUAUCACGGGUGGCCUGUCUGUUGCACCAGGCGCAGCUUCGGCAGCAGGCUCGGAUUCAAUGAGCUUUUUGCCUACGGGUGUGUCUGCUCCAGGUUUGAGGUCCGCGAAGUCACUCUCCACAUCAACUACUUCUCACGCUAAUCCUCCCUCGGCUACCGUCGCAGAGGUCGGUUACAUUCUGGUGGAAACCAAUUUCCGGCUCUAUGCUUACACAGAUUCCCCUUUGAGAACAGCCCUGCUGAGCCUUUUCAGCAAAAUUCGUGCACGUUACCCCAAUCUCGUAGUUGCAGACAUAACCAGGGAUUCGAUUAUCUCCUUUCUGACUACCAAUGCCCACCCGGAUAUGCUUCGCCAGCCUUCUAUUCUUCCACCAACACUAAUCGAUCAAGUGCGCCUGUGGGAGCUUGAGCGCGAGCGUCUUUUCGCUCAAGAGGGCUGUCUCUAUGAGCAAUUUGCCAAAAACAAGGACUUCGAGAUGGUUCGCGAUUUUGCAAAGGUAAUGUUUUUAGAGGUGGAAAGCCAAGGAUUUCUUCUUUGGGAGUGUCCCGAUAGACGACUUAUGGUAGUCUCCAAAAACGGCCACGAGGAUGUGCGAAAAUUUUGGAGACAGAACCGUCCUUGA